GUUCGGCCGGCGCACAGAGCGAAGAUGGCGGCGGAGCGACAGGACGCGCUGAGGGAGUUCGUGGCGGUGACUGGGGCCGAAGAGGACCGGGCCCGCUUCUUCCUCGAGUCGGCCGGCUGGGACCUGCAGAUCGCCCUAGCGAGCUUUUAUGAGGAUGGAGGGGACGAAGACAUUGUGACCAUUUCGCAGGCAACCCCCAGUUCGGUGUCCAGAGGCACAGCCCCCAGCGAUAAUAGGGUGACAUCCUUCAGAGACCUCAUUCAUGACCAAGACGAGGAGGAGGAGGAGGAAGAGGGCCAGAGGAGCAGGUUUUAUGCUGGGGGCUCAGAGAGAAGUGGACAGCAGAUUGUCGGCCCUCCCAGGAAGAAAAGUCCCAACGAGCUGGUGGAUGAUCUCUUUAAAGGUGCCAAGGAACAUGGAGCUGUAGCUGUGGAGCGAGUGACCAAGAGCCCUGGAGAAACCAGUAAACCAAGACCAUUUGCAGGGGGUGGCUAUCGCCUGGGGGCAGCACCGGAGGAAGAAUCUGCCUAUGUGGCAGGAGAAAGGAGGCGGCAUUCCGGCCAGGAUGUUCAUGUAGUAUUGAAGCUCUGGAAGAGUGGGUUCAGCCUGGACAAUGGCGAACUCAGAAGCUACCAAGACCCAUCCAAUGCCCAGUUUCUGGAGUCUAUCCGCAGAGGGGAGGUGCCAGCAGAGCUGCGGAGGUUAGCUCACGGUGGGCAGGUGAAUUUGGACAUGGAAGACCAUCGGGAUGAGGAUUUUGUGAAGCCCAAGGGAGCCUUCAAAGCCUUCACUGGAGAGGGUCAGAAACUGGGCAGCACGGCCCCCCAGGUGUUGAAUACCAGCUCUCCAGCCCAACAGGCAGAAAACGAAGCCAAAGCCAGCUCUUCCGUCUCAAUCGACGAGUCACAGCCCACCACAAACAUCCAAAUACGGCUCGCCGAUGGCGGGAGGCUGGUGCAGAAGUUCAACCACAGCCACAGGAUCAGCGACAUCCGACUCUUCAUUGUGGACGCCCGGCCGGCCAUGGCUGCCACCAGCUUUGUCCUCAUGACUACCUUCCCGAACAAAGAGCUGGCCGAUGAGAGCCAAACCCUGAAGGAAGCCAACCUCCUCAACGCCGUCAUCGUGCAGCGGUUAACAUAGCCGCCCGCCCGGCUGGCAGCCUCAUCUCCCUCCUGCGUCCUCCAGGGCCAGCUGCCCUGUGGGGACCACCCCUCCCACCCCCCCACACACACCCAGCAGUCCAGUGCCACGUCUCCUCCGUAGCUCUGGGUUCUUAGAUCUCGGUUGGACAUUUGUUUUCUCCUUAGUUGCAUUUCCUGGGUUUUUGUGAACGAUCAAUGGACUUUAAAGAAAAAAAUAAAAAUAACCAAAAAAAUUGAAGGAAUAUCACCAGCAUGUUGUACGGAACCUCUCCCACUGAAGCAGCCUUUGAUUGCUUUAAAAUCACGUUAAUUUCCAGGGUGUGUGGGGAGGAACCUCCCUUCCAUGAUUGCUGCUUGACAAUGGCUUGUGGCCCACAAUUGCAUCCGCUAGCAUCCACCCACCGUCCCUGAGAUGACUAGUGGAGGGUUCCCCUUUGCUGGGAAGGGAGUCCGGCACUUGAAGAAAGAGGCUUUGUAGCCACUUGCUCCCGUGAGAACAACCUUCUUGACUGGAUCAAGCUGAGCAGCAGGAGGGGUGCCUGAGUGUGAGGUUAGAUCUAGAUGCCCACGAGCUCUUCAGGUGAAAAUAAAUACUUCCCUGUGCUCUUCCCACUCAAAUCCUGGGAAAUUCGAGCUCCCUGCACUUGGGACAGUUGGGAUUUUGUUGCCCUCCACCUGCCCCAGCCCUUUCCUCCCCUGUCUGGGCUACUCACACCCUAAUUUUCUCAGCCGUUCUGCCAUUGCCUUAUUUACUCCGUGCGCAUAGAUCUGUACCUGGGAGACAAGAUAGGGUGUUUUCUCAUUGGGAAGCAGCUCCUGCCGACCCAAGUGAGUGCAGAAUAGAGCUCUCAGCCUAGGAGAGGAAGGGAAUCCGAAUGUCCCUGUACCACGAGCACCUUUGCAAGAGGCUCCUGCUGAGUCCAUUUCGAGGGCGAGUGCAGCGUCCCCAGCUCUAGUGUGCAGGUCCUGUGCGCAGCUCUCUGCCCUGCCACCCUCUGUUACAGCACAGGCACGAGCUCCCCCUGAUAAAGGCCUCCUCCCAGCAGCGUGCUUCCUGUGCAAGUUUGGCAGAGGAGGGUCACAGGGGUCUCAGAUGGAAGUCCUUCCACCGCCCUAAUAGCUGAACCACAGACUGAAUCAGCACUGACUCAGAGUCUCCUGGUUUUGAAUCAUAAUGUGCCUCAGCCCCCUUCCCAGACACUCCUCACCACACACUUGGUCUUUACUGCUUCACCCCUGCGGUGAGACAGGAAUACGGCUUCCCAACCCCAGAGCUAGGGAAGGGCUUGGGGUUUCCCCCGGUACCCAUCCUGACACAGGGAUGUGGCUUGGUAUUUCUGGUCCCAAACUGGCAGGGGCCUGCCAGGGUAGCAAGGUCCUCAGCACAUCUGGCAGGCAGAGGUGACCACGGAAACGAAAUGCGGGUCUGGAAAAACUUUGUAAAUUGUUGUCACCUUGACCAUUAAAAACCAGAACAAGGA